AGCUCCAUCGCGCCAGUCAGAAACGGAAUGUGGAAGUAGUCAUACCUACUUAUGUGUAUUUAUUGUAAAUCAUCUUUUAAAAAUGAAAAAGUAUAUAAUCCUCUUUUUGAUAAUAUCGUUAAGUUCGUGUAAUGGCGGGAGACUGGGUGAAUUACUUAUAGGAGCGCAUCGGCAACUUCACAACAAGGUACACGACGUAGCCGACGCGGUUAUAGGCGGGUUUGGCUUCACCCACGGCCACCAUCAUCAACCACCCCCGCAGCCCCCUAACCAAGGAGGCGAGACCAUCGUAGUAAUUGUAGAAGAGAACUCUCAAGGGGGCCAGGGAAAUCCUAGGCCGUAUCAACAAUCGCAACAAGGCCACUACCCUACUCCCAACGGACAUAAUCCCUACCAGGGCCAGCCAAAUAAUGGGUACAAUCAAGGAAAUCAGAACAAUGGACAUAGGCCUCAUGGAUAUGAUCCUCAACUCAAUUAUCCAGCAAAUCCCGGACAUGAUCCGUAUCAAAACGGUAACAAAUAUGGCAACGAUGGACAACAACUGAACAUACCCAGUUAUCCCAACCAACAAGGGCAAUAUAAUAAUGAUCAAGACCACAAUCAAAUUAACCAAAACAACAAUGCAAUAAAUAAUAAUGGGAAUCAUCAUCCGACUGGGAAUCCCACCAAUGUCAUAAAUAAUCCGUACCCAACUGCGAAUGAAGUCAAAAGCCCGGAACCAACCAAAACAAACUCAAAUGAUAAUUAUAAACCAACGGAAACGUAUAUUCAUCAAGACAAAAAUAAUAUGUCGAGCAAAAAACCUGAGGAGGACGGACCGCUGUUGGUACCCCUCAACGGGUACACUUAUGAGGGUGACAAGAUUGUCAUCAACGCGCCCAAACGUGAAACCGGCAACGGCAACCAGAAAAACGAAGAGAGUGAGGAGGACUUUCCAAUAGACAUAAGGUUUAAAGACGAAUGAUGUGUACUUAUUUAACACCUAAAUAGAAUUGUUAAUAUAUUUAAUAAAUGACAAAUUAUUUAAGUUUUUAUAAAA